AUGGUGUUUGCGCAAGUGAACCUUAUUCGGAAGAUUGUGGGAGUAAUAGGUUAAAACAUUAUCGCUAUAUGUAUGUACCUGUCACCAAUGCCGACGCUUAUAGGGAUCGUAAAGAAAAAGUCAGUGGAAAAAUACUCACCAGUACAUGGUUUAGCAACUCUCAUAAACUAUUUGGUUAGACUUCUCUAUGGACUUCCUAUGGUGCAUCCUGAUAGCACAAUGAUCAUUACACUUAGUGGUAUAGGGAUCCUGGCCGCAACCAUUUACCUUACCAUCUUUUUGGUUUUCUGUGAACACCAAAAACAGCGGUUGGUAAUAUUAGCUGUUUUAGCGGUUGAGGCUGUGUUUGUAGCUGUCCUCGCCGUUUUGGUUUUAACUCUCCAACACACUACCGAUCAAAGGACAUUGAGCGUUGGGAUCGUAUGCUGCGUUGUUAACAGUAUGAUGUAUAUUGCUCCAUUGUCUGUCAUGAAAAUGGUAAUAAAAACAAAAAGCUUGGAAUUCAUGCCGUUUUGGUUAUCGGUAACUAGUUUUCUAAACGCAUGUGUUUGGACAAUUUAUGGUUUCGUGCCUUACGACCCAUACAUGGCUAUACCAAAUGAAAUUGGAUGUGUAUUUGGGCUGGGUCAGUUAAUAUUGUAUGUUACCUAUUAUAAAUCCACCAAAAUGAUAAUGGCAGAGAGGAAGAAGCUACCCGGCUCCAUCGGUAAACUGGACUUAUCCAACGCGAUCUCCCAAACUCAAACAAUGAGUUAA